CGUUUACGCCGAAAUACGAAUUUCCAUUGGUUACAAUCUUCUAGUCUCCAACCCGUUGAUCAUUUGCACUAAAAGCAAGAUGGAUGACCUCGAAGUGGAAGUUUGCGGCGACAACGGUGCUUAUUACAAGGCCAUUGUAACUGACAUCUUUGAAAAAGAAGUCUCAGUGGCUUUUGAGAAUGAAUGGCAGCCUGAGUGUAAGUUUGCAUUUGAACUGGUGCGGCUGCCGCCACCACCGCCGCCACAGUUAGGGGUUCAGCCGGACUUCACUGAGAACCAGGAGGUUGAAGUACAUUCUCGUGCCAAUGACCAGGAGUCCUGCGGCUGGUGGCGUGCCACUGUCAAGAACUAUCCUAGAGGCAGAUUCAACUGUAAUAGGAAGGAUUUUCAACUAGAGAUGAUCAAGGGUGACUUCCACGUGGUGGAGUACCUGGGCUGGGAGAAUACGUACACCGAGAUCGUCUCUCCAGAGCGACUCAGGCACAAGAACCCCAACCCGCCCAUCGAUGCCAACACCUUCUACAAAUUUGAGAUUGAGGUGCCUGAAGAUCUGAGGGAAUAUGCCAAAAUGGACAACGCUCACAAGGAGUUCCAAAAAGCCAUCAAUGCAUGUAUCUGUAGAUACGUACCUGAGCGUGGUGUGCUUAGCAUCAUCUCACGCUCGGAACACUCCAAGAAGAGAGCGUCCAUGAUCCAAGAGAUGCACUUUCGUAAUCUCAACCAGAAGGUGCUCUUGCUCAAGCGUACGGAAGAGGCUGCCAGGCAGUUGGAGUCUACCAAACUUCAAAAUAUUGGAGGGUACUCAGACGAGUUCCAUGUGAGAGAUGAUCUGAUGGGCUUGGCUAUUGGAGCUCAUGGUGCCAACAUCCAGCAGGCUCGCAAGGUGGAUGGCAUCACCAACAUUGAGCUCGAGGAGAACUCGUGUACAUUCAAAAUCUAUGGAGAGACGAGUGAAGCUGUGAAAAAGGCGAGAACAAUGUUGGAGUACAGCGAGGAGUCUCUACAAGUACCAAGGAACCUCGUCGGCAAAGUGAUCGGGAAGAACGGCAGGAUAAUCCAAGAGAUUGUCGACAAGAGUGGGGUGGUGCGGGUGAAGAUUGAAGGAGACAACGAACCCCAGCCUACUAUACCCAGAGAAGAGGGUCAAGUUCCUUUUGUCUUUGUUGGCACUGUUGAAAGCAUAAUUAACGCCAAGGUUCUUCUGGAAUACCAUCUAGCACAUUUAAAGGAAGUAGAACAGCUAAGGCAAGAUAAAUUAGAAAUUGAUGCACAAUUAAGGAAUAUGCACGGCACAACUAUGGGAUCCAUGCAAAACUUUCCAAUUCAAAGGCGUAACGACAGGGGCUACAAUUCGGAUAUGGAGAUGGGUGGCGGGCGAGGGCGGGGCGGAAUGAUGCGUGGCCGAGGCAGAGGAGGGAGAGGAGGCGGUGGCCGCCACAACGACUCCAGAUUCAACUCCGGGUCGCGUCAUCAGACACCAGAUACGGUUGAUGAGAGGGUUCGAGACCUUCCUCCGAGACAGCAGGGGGGCUACCAGCAGUCAAGGGGUGGGUCAGGUGGAGGUUACCCCAUGAGGCGGGGAGGUCCCAACUCUCGACCUAGGGGGCGGCCUGACGACCGGCGGCGGAUGAAUGACGAGGAAGAAACGUUGCUGGACAGUCAUGACAGUGUUGAUAGGGAGUCAGUAUCGAGUGUGGAGGGGAAGCGAGCUCAGCGACACGUGCGGCGGAGGCGAAGAGGACAGACGCGCAGUCAUACCCCCACUCCUACCCCCACCACAAACAAUUCACCACCCCCCACUACUGCCACAGAACAGACCAUUGUGUUUGGAGGCCUGACCUCGGAGCCCAGUGCAGAGGCUAGCAAGGAGAGUGCACCUGUGGGCAAUGCGGCCGAUGGACCCAAGAACCAGCGGCCACGACCCAACAGGAACAAUGGACCUGUCAAGCGAGCACCGGAGAAGAGCAAAGAGGUCUCCUUAGUCAACGGGACCUCAGCCUAGUCCGACACCACUCAUGUUGGAUUUUCUUUUUUUUGUCUUGUUUUUUGUUAUACGGCACACGGCGUCUGCAGCAGUCUCGAGAGUUGGUAUCUUGUCCAACGAGCGAAACCAUCGGUCUCCAUAAAAACUGGUUCGAUAUGUAAAGAAUUAUUUAUAAGUGACAGAACGGAGACCGGUGAUAUCGCCAUGGACCGGCUAUGUUUUGUGCUUCUGGUGACUUUCAGUGCUUCAGGACUAUUGUGACCAAAAGAGAAUCCCAACUUUUGUCAUCGUUUAGACCCCCUCUCGACUGGCUUUGUAAAUACCUGUUUUCUAGAACACAACUAUUGUUGUUCACAUCUGUUUUGACUGAUAGUUUUAUUGUUAAUGUUUAGAAAUGAUAGAGUUUCCUUUUCUGACAGCUUAGCACUAAUAAUUGAUUUGAAGCAGCUUUUUAUUUGAUCUAAUGUGGCUUCUAUGAAGUGGUAUAUAUAGUCGAGAGGGGGCUAUACUUACACUGCAUUGUACAGUUAUGUUUGGCUGCGAUCCCUCUUCAGGCGAUGUCACUAAUUCACGAUUUACGAGUCACACAAUAGUUGGAUUACGUUUCACUUGUAUUUUUCAUGAGACAUACAAUGAUUUUGUCAUCGCUAAUACGCUGUUUGCUCCCCAUGAUUUUUCUUUGUACACUUGAAAGUAACUUUAAAUGAAGUUGUACAUCGAUUUGUUGGUUUCGUUAUUAUAGGUCAAGCCUGUAGCAUAAACUAGAUUUUAAAUCUGAUUUAUUGUUUUUGUAAUAUUGAUACAUAAUGAUACAGAUUGUAAUGGUUGUGUUGAUUUUUUUGAAAAAAUAAACAAGUAACUUACAAUUUGGUUUGAGUUGGUUACAUUAUUGUAUUAUAACGUGUAUAAUAUAAGCUGCAGGAUGGAUAUAAUUGAGUCAAGUUUUGUUAAGAAUGGCUCAUUUAUUUUCAUGUUAAAGGGAGCCUCUCUUUAUCUCAUUAGAAUAACCUUGUCAUUGAAUCAUAAAAAAUCUUAAAUUGCAUUUGUAAUUAAUGUGUGAGCUAAUCUUGUACUGUCUUCAAAAAACUAUCUUGUAUGAACAGUAACUUUUAAUGUCCAUGUUUUCUUAAAGUCUCGCUAAUCUAAGGUUUGGCUGAAUGUUAAACUAUAGAAAUGUACUACUGUUAUAUUAAAAAUAUUAUUUAUAUGAGAGCUCCCUGGGAAGAAAUUUUAAAGGCGGAAGAAAGUAAUAAGCAGUGUUUAUCACUUGCUCGUGUGAUUUGGUCUAUUUCUACUAUACUAUCUCCUUUGAUCGUCUCCUAGCUAUAGGUAUUAAUUAUGAUAAUAAUCUUCACUGGUUUUCUAAAAUCAGUUUAUUGUAAAAAAAUAUGAAUACAUUUUGUCUUUAAUAGCGUUAGAUUAUUUGAUAACCAUGCAGGUUUUUACAUUUUGGCUAGAAGUUUUUCAAAAAAGCAAGGUUUGUUUUUUAAAGUAGUAGCUUUGAACUUAUCUACUCAAGUUUUAAUUUCCCAAUGUAAAAGAUUUGAUGAUAGUUGUAUAAACAUUCUGCUUGAUGUGACAGAUGAUAUUUGUUAGUAAUUCUGACCACCAGUUCAAUUUAAUUUUCUUUCGUCCUCAUUUACCAGUGCUUUUUUAUGACCUCAGAGAUAUGUUUUAACCAUAUGUUUGAACAAUAGAUAUUUUGUACACAGUUAAGAGUCGGUAUUGGUUGUGGUUACCGUAUUAGAACUUAUACUCGUGGACAUUGCAAAAUCCUUUUUUCGUAGAUUUGUUCAGAAUUACUAACACUUAUACGGACAAGAAGUUUUUGUCCCUAGCCAAUACUAAGAAAACCAAGUGGCACUUACAUCAGUGUUAUAUUGGUUGAUUUUGUUUAUCAAGUGGUAUGUUGAUAUUAUUGUGUUUUAAUGCCAGCCGAAUUAUACAAUUUUGCUGGCAACUUACUUUUACUUUGCCUCACUUAGACUCUUAUAAGAAAACUGAAUAUGUAGUUUGUAAGAAUUACAAAUGGUCAUUAUCAUGCUUUCAAUAGAAGUUGUGAACCUUUUAAAAUGGCAUUGUUUUAUGUAUAGUUUACAUAAAAAUGUGACUAUUUUGAAAUUGAUGUGGCCAGUAGUAAAAAUUCAUUCAGAUCUUUUUAUUUUUUACACAGGUUGUGUAUAACUCUCUUGCAUUAUUUUACUAUUUACAAAUGUAUAUUCUUUUAAUCCUGAUGAAUGGAUUCAGUUUAUUUUCAUUUAUUAUUACAUUUAAAACACUCAUAUCACUGAAUUCAUAAAUAAAUUAUUUUCCAAUCUUGGCACAAAACUAGGAACAGCAAAGUACAGUAAAAUGGUCUCAUCCAUUUUAGCAUAUGGCCAUAGCAAUCAUUUUGCAGAUGACUGGAAUCAUUAGAAUUUUUUAAAGAAUAGGCAAAUAAAAAUUGUAUUAUUUUAGUUCAUCUGUUAAUUAAGUUAUUUACUAUGUUUGUUCUUAUCAUGAAAAUCAUUCUUUGUUAAACUAUGUCCAAUAUUAUUAUAUGUCACCACUUUUUACAUUUCAAAUGUUUCAAGAAUUUUAAUUGUAAGUAAUGAGAAAACCACAAAGAACCUCCGUCAACAACAAUUAUUAAUGUUGCACCGGCAUUCUUGCUCUUGUUAGUAUACUAUAAUAUAUGGUUAAUUAUUUGUACAGAUGGUUUUUACUGUUCUAAAAGGAUAAUUGCUGUAAUGUGAAUAGGCUACCACAAAAGUAUCAACUUAUGUUUGUUUUGCUAUGAAUUUCAAGUUUUAUGAAUCAAAAAUGUGUUUUGAAUUUUUCUCAAUUGCACUGACGCAGUGUUGUAUAAUGGGUCAAAUUGUUCUAUUACUGUGGCAUAUUAUUGUUUGAGACCUAAAUGGAUUGUGAAAUAAAACUUAUAAUGGAUUAUGUAAAGAAAGUAGAAAAACAUUACAACGUAAGUGUAAAAUUAAAGUGUAUUGUAAGUGUAAAAUUACUGAAAAUGUGUAUGAUUUCCUAAAAUAAUAAAAUAAAUGACAUUGCUAUGUAAAGAAUAACUUGUAAUUCAAAACACAGCCGUUAUAUUAAAAUCGAAUAGUUUUAAUUGUUUUACAUUUCCGUUUUAAUAUGUAAUAUCAGGUUUUGUUUGUUUUAAAUCUUACAAAUAGUUUAUGCUCCAAAAAAUAUGAGAAAACGUAAUUCUAAACUGAUAUGAUAAAUACCCAUCACGUCUAUUCUUGAUAAAUAAAAGCAUACUUUUUUGUUUAAAACUUAAGUCAAGUUUAAACUAAAAAUAACAUGUUUAUAUUUAAAUGUGUGGGUUUGAAUCUGUUCGGAAAAGUAUUCUUCAAUAACGUAGUAAAAAAAAAUAUUUAGAUAUUAUCAAAUUCUUUCAUGCAUUGUUUACAUAUUGGACUCACUUGUUCUGUAUAGAUUCUACAGCAAAAAGAAGGGGCUAACUUAUGAUCAAACAUUAACUGUCCAUUUGAUCUCAAAUUAAUAUGUGUUACGGAUUUUAGUUUAACUGGUGAGACAACAGCCAAAUUUUUCCAGUAGUUCCAAAAUAUUUUUGUCUAUCUGAAAGUAUUUAGUAAUGAAUAAUGUAAGAUUCUAAACUUCCUUUAAAUCGCCAACGGGGUUCCUUGUAAUCUGUAUUUUAUAUCAGAUUUAUGUUUCAUUUGAGUAUUUUUUAGCAGUCAGGGAGCCCUGUUGAGAGACGUUUGUAAUUCUUAUAACGUGUAUUACACCACUUGAGACGUUGUAAUGUAUUAUUAUAGUAACAUUAUUGUAUGAUGUGUUUAUCUAUCUAUAUAGUGCUAAUAGCAGUACCAUACACAUUGUGUAUAUAUUAUAAGCAACAACAGAGUUGGAUUGAAUAUCAGCUUCAUUAUUACAUUGAUGUUGUUAGGCCUACAAUCUGUGAGCAGACUCUGAUUGGGUAAAGAGCACUUUUAGAGUUGUUUUUUUAACAGCUACUGUUGUAAUAGUAAAAUGAGCUGGGUGGAGUAAUUCACCGUAAAUGUUUUGUAAUGAUAAUUGAGAACAGUUUUGUUUCAGCCGUAUUGUAGUUUAGUAUUAAAAUGUAUAAUUUUAACAUUUUUUGUUUGUAAUUGUCAAGAUGCUAAUUAUUUUUGUUGUUUAAUUUAAUUUAAAAUUCAUUUGCUCAUGUUUGUUUUCAUUUGAAGUGUUAUUUGUUUACGAUAAGUAGCAAUCAGAUCUAGAACCCAUUCACAAAGAAUACAUUCCCAUCAGAGUCGUGCAGAAACAAGAAAACCUGUGAACUUUGCUGGUAGCAGUCCGAGCCGAAACUUCAACUCGGUAGACAAGUGUACAGAUUUUUGUAACUAACUCAUUUUUCUGAAAGACUGAACUCCCUACACACUGUAACAAUAAAACGAUUAUUUUAUUUGUUGAAGUACUCCGAGUGGUUCGGCUCCGACUGGGACCUGCAACGCGCGGGAUGUACAUGGUAGGUAGCUGUAGCUUGUAUGUACACUUGGUCGCAGUGUCUCACAGGAUGUGAAGAGUCUCCCCGCCCUGCCUGAAAUGUGUGAUAAUUAUCAGUGAUCGGAGAGGAGGGCGACCUAGUGUGCCCUCCCCCCAGAGUCUACCCAACACGUGCUCUAGAUGAAGGACUCGUUGAGGUUUGUGUACGUUGAGGAAGGACUUCUUAAUCGGAUGAUGUGCUGUGAACGGAGCCGCGACACACGAAAAGCCCAGGCGUUGACCCCGAAAAUCAAAUCGAUUUUGAUACUAUCCUCUCCCUCAUUCCCGAUCCUUACCCCUCCCAAUAAAGUUAAGUGAAUUUUUUGUAUUGUUAGAAAGCCCUUGUAAUUGUAUUUAAAAAUGAAGUAAAAUAAGAAACUCA